AUGGUGGAGGAGAAGUCUGACACGUCUGAUCUCCAACGCUUUGACGAAAUGUGGCUCCACUUGACCCCUAGAGGUGCCACUGUACCGUACAAUGUCUGCUAUGAUUCAGAAGGAAAUGUUUGGGUCGCUACGAAAGGUGGAUUAUUCAAGUUUGACGGCAGUAAAAGAACCACUAUUUGGGAGAGAAAGAAUAUGUUUCCCAAGAAAAUGGCUCCCUUUCCACAGGUCGCCUUUCACAAUGGCACGAUUGUGUACACUUGUGCAGAAGAUAAAGACCGAUUGACAGAACUUCGAUUUUUCACGAUGUCAGGAGAAAUGACGCACGAGCAGUUUAUUGACGGAUUAUGUAAGCCCAUACACCUCCAUCAGAUGGCAUCUAUGGAAACUCCGCUUGCAUGGGAGGAAGUGGUUGAAUCGUCAGAUGACGCUUUUUAUGCUUUAUGUGCUCUGAACGAUAACACCGUUGUAGCUGCGAUGUCUACCCGUCCUGUUAAUAUGUUCUCGAAACAGCGAAUGGUCUUCGUGGACACAGUCAAAGGUGAAAUCCGAUCGUCUUUCAGUAAAGAAGGAAAGGAAGGAAGCAACAUAUUUUUCCCGAGGACAAUUCGGAAGUAUGGCGAGGAUAUGGUUGUGAUGGACAAAUCUGGUAGAUUCAUGUGCUUUUCUGCGAAAGGAGAAUACAAGGGUCUGCUGGCUGAAAUUGAUGCCUAUCUCGCAAAUGGAUUCUGCAUCAAGGACAACGCUGCUCUCAUAGCCAUCAGCGGAGUAGUCUUAGACCAGGAGAACAGGACGAUUUGUGACGAUUGGUUGGAAUGGAUCAAUCUUGAUGGGUCUUCCUGGCGGAAGCAACGAGAGCAGAAAAAAGAAGCUGCAAAGUCAUGA